AUGAAGGCCUCCCACUGCAGCUACUUUAGCAGUUCCUUGGUUCCCGCCUUCCUGCUGCUGCUGCUGCCGCCAGCGCUGAGCGGGCCCAUGGCGGUGCUGUUUCUGGCGGCCGAACCCGCCCCGGGCCCCGGGCCUCCGAAUCCCGGGCCGCGGACCCUGCCACCACUGCCUCCGGGCUCCACCGCCGCCCAGCAGCCGGGCCGCGCUCCGGCCGAGGCCAUGGGGCCGCAGGGUGCUCAGGAUGGCAAUAGUAGCACCCAGCAGGUCAGUCUUGUGACAAAGGAUCACGAAGAGAAGGCCAGCGAAGGAGGCGCAGUGGGCGGUGGCCUCGCUGUGAGCCCCAAUCCCAGCGACAAACCCAUGACCCAGAGGGCUCUGACAGUGUUGAUGGUGGUGAGCGGCGCUGUGCUGGUGUAUUUUGUUGUCCGGACCGUCAGGUGA